ACUAGGGCUAACAAUGGAAGGUGCGUUUGGUAACAAUAGGGGUUUACAAGAUUCAUCUUAAUGUGACACGUCAGUGUUUACCUGAGCUAAGCCAUACGCAUGCGCAGAAUGUGGGAAGCCAUAUUUCGCUAAGAAUAAUACGCCACAUGUACAUAGUUUUCAUUGCAGUGUCCGGCUUUUAACUUUAUCUAAGUUCACUUGACUUUAAAAACAGUAACUGAAUUACAAGAUACAACAAAUGAGUUAAACGUUUUGGUUGAGACAGUCUCAAGUUGGAAUCCAAAAUGAUGGGCUGGUGGGCAAUGAAGUCGAAGACUACAACAAGCCGUGUCUCUUUACUGAUUUUUGUUAAUUUAUUACUACUGUUACUACUAUUUAGCUUGGUUGUUGCAGAAGACUUUUAUAAAUUACUUGGUGUAGAGCGUGACGCCAGUGAGCGUGACAUUAGGCGUGCAUUUAAAAAAAUUGCAUUAAAACAUCAUCCAGACAAAAAUAAGGAUGAUCCGGAAGCGCAUGAAAAGUUUGUUAAGUAUAAUAGAGCUUAUGAAGUUUUAAAAGACUCGGAAUUGAGAGAGAAAUAUGAUCGGUUUGGGGAGGAGGGACUGAAUGAACAAAACCAAGGCUGGAGGAAGUAUGAGAGUUGGCAGUUCUACAAAACAGAAUUUGGACUUUAUGAUGAAGAUCCAGAAAUUGUCACCCUUAGUAAAACUGAUUUUGAACAAUCUGUGUUUGGUCAGGAUAUUUGGAUAGUUAAUUUCUAUUCUCCUCGUUGUCAUCAUUGUCAUGAUCUAGCGCCAACAUGGCGAGAGUUUGCUAAGGAGUUAGAGGGCGUUGUCCGUAUUGGAGCCGUGAACUGUUGGGAUGAUAAUCCAUUAUGUACAGCUCAAGGCAUUCGCCAGUUCCCAACACUCAAAAUGUACCCAGUGAAUCAAGAGUACACAGGUUCGAGAAAGCUAGAAGCACUUAUCAAACACGCUCUGAGGCAGGUUAAGUCUACUGUGCAUACAUUAUUUGCAGGGAAUUUCAAGGAUAUUUUGUUAUCAGAUGCUCAUAAAGACAGGCCAUGGGUUGUAAACUACUGUGGCUCACCGUAUGGAGAUGAUAGGGAUAGUUCUGACGUUUCCACUGCAAAUUGUUUUGAAAGUGUUGAUCAGCUCAAAUUGUCUUCAAUCUUAAACAAAGUUGUGAAUGUUGCAACUAUUGAUUGCACAGCAUCCAACAAGCUCUGUUUGAAAUUGAAAAUUGAAGAGAGUACAAUCAUGUUCUAUGAGACGGGAAGAAAAGUGGGCCAAGCUAAAGGAACGGAACUCGAAAUAGAUGAGCCAAAGCGAGUUGCCAAAAUGGUCUUCAACAUGCUGCCAGGAAUUGAUUCCAUCUCCUUUGAGGACCUACAGGCUCGCAGAGAAAAAUUGAAGAAUUCUGAAUUAGUAGAACCUAUGUUGGUGUACUUUACUAAAGGCCAGGAUACAGACGACCCAGAACCGAAAAAACUACCUUUCUUCCUCAAAGGAAUGACAGUUGGCAGCUUUGACUGUGGUAAACAAGUAGCUCUAUGCAGUAAAUUGUACAUUGUAGGGCAAAAUUUUCCCAAAGCAGUACUAUUCAAAAAAGGCGGAGAAUACGAAAUCCAUCAUGGACGAAUGACGGCUCAUGAUGUGGCUGCAUUUGCACGCGAGAGUGCGGAUUCCAAAUUGCAUAUGCUAGGUCCAGAACACUUCCCUGACAAAGUGAUUAACAGCGGAGAGCCAUGGUUCGUCGAUUUCUUCUCACCUCAAUGCCCACCAUGUCGUCAGUUAAUGGCAGAACUACGUAAGGUUUCCCGUGAUAUGCAGCACAUUAACUUUGGCACCGUGGACUGUACAGUGCAUCAUGCUAUUUGCCAACAAAAUAAUGUCCGAUCGUACCCAACGACUAUAAUGUUCAAUUCUAGCGAGCCACAUAUGCAUGUUGGAUUUAGUCCUGCUAAAGACAUUAUUGAUUUUAUUGAGGUUUGCAGACAGUAUAACAACUUCAUGAGAAAUGCUAACGCUCUGCUAGGCUGGGCAUAUAAUUUUAUGCCAUCAAUGGUGGUCGUCUUGGACAAUUCAAACAUAAAAGACAAAGUGAUACGUAGUCAAGAGCCUUGGUUGGUGGACUUUUACGCAUCAUGGUGUGGGCCCUGUAUGCACUACAUGCCCAACUAUGAACGCAUUGCUCGUGCUUUGAAAGGUCGUGUCAAUGUUGGGAAGAUAGAAUGCCAGCAGAAUGAAAAGAUGUGCAGAAAAGCUAGUAUAGGAGCCUACCCUACAGUGAGAUUAUAUUCAGGUUCGAAGGUUAAAGGAAAUUCCCAGAAUUGGUUUGGGGAGCAUUUACAAGAUAUUUCACCAGAAGGGCUUAUUCCAUAUUUAGAAAAACGUUUCCCAAAAUUAGAAGUGAAUGAAUCUGAAUCUGCAAAACACUCGCCACAUACGGAACUUUGACAGAAACCUAGCAUCUGGAUUUUUAAUACACAUUACCACACCAUCAAGCCUAUUUGGACACCAAUAUUUUUUUACUCUUAAUGCACAAAAGCAAUGUACUAUUUAUUGACACCAGGCUGAGAUUUUUAGUAUCGUUAUUGAUUCAAUAUAGAAUAGUAGUAUCUUUGUACUUAACUGUAUUUUGUUUUUCACUCAAUGUCUAUCAUUCUCAUUUUCUACUUAAUAUAUCAGCAGACAGUGCUCCUUUGUUACUGACUAGUUUAUACGUCAAGAGUUCCUUCACAGCUAAGCCAUGGUAUGCAUAGCUUAAUUAAUUUUUUAUAGCAAUUUUAAUAAGUAGUCAUGUUUCGACAAAAAUGGGUUUCAAGGUGUAAUAGCAAAA